AUGAUUUUAACGGAUGACUGCAACCCAUUUGGAGGGCCCCCAGGACCGGAGGCUCGGGGCGAAGCUCCCUCCGUCCCCCUAAGGCCGCUACCGGUGAGAAAUAGGUAUUGGCAAGUGGUUUUCGACCUGGUACAGCUGCUACAGCUGUCGGUGACGGCCACGGCGCUAGCGCUAUACUAUCUGAUAUAUUGUUACAUGCAACUCGUGUACUACACGUUGAGGAGCGCCCUCUACUUUCAUCAGGCUGAUGGGAAAACGAUUAAGGCCCCCCUCGCGCUUUUGUGCGAGUUCAACACGGCGGGAAUGAAUUUCGCGGAUGAGGAGGCAACGCUUACCAGCCACUCUGAUACAGACGUCCGCGCAACGCGCGCGCUAACUAACAACGGCUCUUCGCGCAAAUGCAACACGCAUUCCCGCGAAAUUGUGUUCCGAAUUUAA